AAGAAGUUAAGACAGCAGCUUUGCUUAUCUUUUCCUUUGCCGGUUAGAAGUCAUGGAAGGAUUCCAUUAUUUGUAGGUUAGUUCCUUGCAGCUUCUUUGGGUGUUCACUUCAAAUGCCCUCUCUAUAAAUUCACCUUACACAUUCCCUCAAAUCGAUCUGUGUUUUGUUGUCCUCUCCUCUUUGAAUAUCUCUGUUUUUUUUUCCUGGUCUACUUUCUGUUUUCCAAGAACUUUCUGAGUCUAGUCUCUUUCUAUCAAGCUCAUCAAACUUGUAAUCAAGCUCUUGAUUUCAUCUUUCAAAGAGGUUUUUCGUGAAAGGUAUUUUUAAUACAGAAAAUGGGAGUUGGAGGCACUUUAGAAUAUUUGUUUGAUUUGAUGGCCAGUAGCCAUAAACACAAGAAGAAAAAACAACUGCAGACCGUGGAGCUGAAGGUCAGGAUGGACUGUGAUGGCUGUGAGCUUAAGGUCAAGAAGGCACUAUCUUCGUUAAGAGGAGUUAGAUCAGUAGACAUAAGCAGGAAACAGCAGAAGGUGACUGUGACUGGAUAUGUUGAAGCAAGCAGGGUGCUGAAGAGGGCCAAGUCAACAGGGAAAAAGACAGAGAUCUGGCCUUACAUUCCUUACAACUUAGUGGCUCAGCCUUACACAACUCAGGCCUAUGACAAGAAGGCACCUCCUGGUUAUGUCAGGAAUGUAGAGAACACUGCCACCACUGGCACCAUGACAAUAUAUGCGGACCCAUAUAUCACAAUGUUCAGUGAUGACAACCCCAAUGCAUGCUCUAUUAUGUAGCUGAAGAAACAAUACCAAACCUUCUGUCUCAUUUACUUCUCCUCCUCUUAUUAUUAGUCUACCUGGCUAUAAACCAUUGUCAUUGUCCCCAACGUAGUAGGGGGUUUACUAUUUCAUUCUUGUUUUGUGGUUAUGAAGUGAUUGAGAAAAUCUGUAAGCUAUAAUUCAUGUUUUCAUUCUUUUCUUCUAUGGAGGGUCCUGGAUAGGGUGAAUCCUGAUCAGCUGUACUCUGUACUUUUACAAUUCUAUGGUGGU